AUGCAUGAACGAGACAUCAUGAAGUUGAAAGCAAUACGUUCAAAGAACCCACAAGAUUGGGGUGAACUUAAACGACUUUGCAGCAAAGUUAACAGUAACAUCAAGAUCGCAAAGGAAUCUUAUUACAAACAAUCAUUUACUGGACACAAAAAUGACUCUCGACGCACCUGGCAAACUACUAAUGAACUUACAUCUCGCAAAAGUAACACCUCCUCUAUUAAAGAACUAAUUGUAAAUGGUGUUUCAAUAAACAAAACUACCGACUUGGCAAAUGCGUUUAAUGAACAUUUUUCCACAAUUGGCCUGAAACUUGCUAAUGAGAUCCUGUGA